GGCCGGUGGAGCAGCCAGAACGUGCCGGGACGUGCUGGGAACCACGGCCACGGAACCGGGACCAGCUCCAGGCAGCGGCUGGCGCAGGGCAGCGAGGGCAGGAGCAGCUGGCAUGGAGAAGCCCCCUCAGUCCCCACCAGGUGAGGAGGAUGAGGAGAAGGAGGCGGAUGAGGAGAAGGAAGAGGAUGAGGAGGAUGCUGAGGACAUGGCAGGGGACCCCAGGGCCAUCCUGUGCUACGAGGAGCACAUUGCCAGGCAGCUGGUGACAGCGGCCCGGCCAGACCCGCGAGCUGAGCAGCUACAACGCCACGUGGGCAGGUACCAGCACGUGCCUGGGGGGCACCAGGGGCUGCCCCCACCCAGCACCCUCCAGCAGUGGCCUUCACCACCCCACAGGGAGGAUGAGGAGGGCUGGGAGGGCACCGGCAGCCUCCCUGCUGCCAGCCCGCAGCCACAGCACCUUGCUGGCACACUCGGUGGCACACUCGGUGGCACACUCAACGGCACACUUGGUGGCAGACUCGGUGGCAUGCUCGACAGUACACUUGGUGGCACACUCAGCGGCACUCUUGAUGCCGCCAGCAAUCUGGAAGAGCCCCGCCCCGACCUCUUUGCCGACCUGCAACACGCCGUGAGCUCCCUGGAACGGGCCGUCUUCUCCCGGCACCGGUGGGCACCGGCACAGCCUGUGCCAGGAGGGGAGUGGGCACGGGCGGCCAAGAGCCUGGAGGAGCUGGACCGGACACCGGAGCAGGGAGUGGAGCAGGCGAUGGUGGCGGCGGCGGUGGUCAGGAACGCAGAGCUGCGGGUGGCCCUGGGACAGCGGGACGAGGAGCUGAGCCGGGCCCUGGCCUCGCUGCGGGCGCUGCGGGGGGAGCGCGACCGGCUGCAGCAGAAGGUCCAGGACCUGCGGGACACUCUGUCCAAGCUGGAGGAGUCGGGAGGCUCCAGCGGUGACACCCCAGGGCUCAGCAGCCCGCUGGGGCAGGAGGAGCCUCAACCGCCCCAGGACCUGCCCCAGUGCCGCGAUGAUGCUCAGCCCCACGCCCCCCUCUCCCCCCAACCAUCGGGGGGUGCCAGCCGGGAGCAGGAGCUGCGGGUGCAACAGCUGCAGGGGUGCCUGGAGAGGCUGCGGGAGGUGAACCUGCAGCUGGUGGCUGCGCUGCAGGAGUGGAAGAGCCGGGGGGAGCGGCUGAGCAUGGAGCUGAGCCAGCACGAGUCCCGCAGCACCGCCCUGCGCCUGGCCCUGCGCUGCAGCGAGCGCUGUGGGGGGGCCUACGCUGCCCUCCUGGACCUGGUGAGGGCGAAGCUGGGCAGGGAGGAGGAAGGUGGAGCCACAGGGGAACAGAGCCCGGUGCACGGGUGGGGAUCCAGCCCCACAGCAACGAGGGUGCCACAGGUCCCAGGCCCGGAGGUGCUGGAUGGAAAGCAGGAGAGUGGGGAGAGCGGCUCCCCCAGGAUGCAGAGCCCCCCGGCCCCCCGCGGGAUGGAGGAGGGGGCCCUGCGGGAGCACAUCCGCCGGCUGCGGGAGGAGCAAGCGGCCCUGGAGGCGUCUCUGCUGAAGGCCCCGGCACCCACCGGCAGCCCCGGCAGCCAGGACGCCCGAGCCCGGGCUGAGCAGGCGCUGGGAGAUGCCAGGGCUCUCCUGCGGGGCUGGAGGCGGCCGGAGAAAGCGGAGCUGCUGCAGAACCUGGCGAUGCUCAAGGAGGCCAUGGCCGACCUGAAGACGCAGCUGCAGCUGGUAGGGAGGGAGAAGCAGGUCCUGGAGGUGCUGAUGGCCGGGCAGGAGCCACGGGAGGUGGCACUGCUCCUGGUGCUCCAGCACCUGGAGAGGGAGCGGGACAGGGGGGCUGGCCGCCCCCCUAGCCCCCCCAGCAGCUCCAGCAUCAGCGAGGAGGAUACCCAAACCAGCCGGGUGGGAGCAGCAGCUCCCUGGCACCCUCCAGACCCGGAGCGGAUGCGGGAGGAGCUGCUCAGUGCCCAGACCCGGGUGGAGGAGCUGCAGGUGCAGGAGCAGGCCCUGGUGCUGUCCCUGGAGCACAGCAGUGCCACCAGCCGCGCGCAGCAGGCGCUGUUUGUCACCCUUGUCGCUGGCGUCUUCCACGCCCACAGCGCACAGGCCCUGAGGUACCGCCGUGCCCGGCGCAAGCAGGCAGCGCAGCUGCGGCAGCUGGAGGUGCAGGCAGGAGCCCUGCGCAGGCAGCAGGCCCGGCAGGCGCAGGCGCUGACCCGCAGGCUGCACGCCCUGGAGCAGGGAGCGGCCGGCGGAGAGACCUGCAUCUAGGGGGGCACCCCCCCCACACACGCCCCAUCCCCCGGCACCCCCCAGAGCCCCGCGCUGGGAGGCGCUGGCUGUAUC